UCAAAAUGGCUGACACGUCGUAUUCUUAUCCUAAACCUGUGGAUCACAGGCUUAUUCACGAUAGAGUUUCAUCAUGGGAAGCUAAAUUAGACCCGAUUGCACCUCUCUCUUCAGAUCAGAGAAAUCUAAUACAUGAUUUAGGAAUUCUCGCUUCUCAAAGACCAUUACCAACCAAUCUUCCAGAAGAUGAUUCCCAGUCUCUGACUCCAAUGAAAGUGUCUUCUCAAGAAAAGGACAGCAAUGUGGAUGCUUCAUCUCUUACUAAUUUUAUGAAAGGCACUAAACUGCCUGAAGGCAACAAAAUCGAAAAUGCCCAACAGUUUUUUUCUUGGUUUUCUGAGUUAGAAGAAGCCUUAGACAGAGAUGAUGGUGGUUUGUACAGACAAUACACAGAUGAAUUAGGACAGUAUAGAGAACAGUGCAAUAGUGUUUUAUCAGAGGUCAACAAUGCACUGGAUUACCUCAAGCAGCUCAGUGGUCAGUAUGUACAUGUGUCCACAAAGACCAAUGCUCUACAUGAGGAGUGUGAACAUUUGCUGGCUGAACAGACACAUCUAAUGGAUUUGGCUGAGAACAUAAGUAAUAAGCUAUCGUACUUUAAUGAAUUAGACAGCAUAUCCACUAAACUAAGCCGCCCAAAUCUAUCAGUGAACAGUGAGACUUUCAUACCAUUAUUAUCUAGGAUGGAUGAAUGUAUAUUAUACCUAAAGAGUAAUCCUCGGUAUAAAGAAUGUGAUGUUUACCUUGCCCGUUUCCGUCAGUGCCUUAGCAAAGCCUUGAAUCUCAUUAAGAGCCAUGUAAAUAAUAUCCUACUAACAGCGACACAACAGAUUCAGCAGAAAAAGGAUUCUUCCAACCUGGCUGAUAAUGCUUUCACCCUAUUUUAUGGAAAAUUUCGCACCAAUGCACCAAGAGUAAAGUCUUUGACAGAGCAGCUGGAAAUACGAACAGAGAAAGACAAUGAGUAUGCAAAUACCCUUGCAGACUGUUACAAUUUUUACUUCAGUCAGAGGGAAGCUCUUCUAGGUCCCAGUAUUUCAACAACUAUAACAGACUUGGCCUCAAAACAUGUUAGAGACCACUGCGCAUUGAUGCGCAGUGGCUGUGCGUUCAUGGUGCAUGUUUGUGAAGAUGAAUAUCAGCUUUUCUUUAAUUUCUUUUCUAAAGGGACACCACUCUUAGAUCAAAUGCUAGAAAGGAUAUGUAACAAUCUGUAUGAUGUUCUGCGGCCUCUGAUCAUCCAUAUCAAUCACCUGGAAACCCUUUCUGAAUUAUGCAGCAUCCUUAAAAUAGAAAUGAUGGAAGAGCAUGUCAAACAAAAUCCUCAAGAGCUUGUAGCCUUUGAAUCAGUGUGUCAACAGAUGUUGAUGGACAUACAAGAGAGGCUAGUGUACAGGACGUACAUCUACAUCAAGUCUGAUAUUCUUCAGUACAACGCUGCGCCCGGUGAUCUGGCUUAUCCAGAGAAACUUGAAAUGAUGGAGAGUAUUGCAGAAAGUAUUAAAAAGGGGAAGCCACCCAGGACAAGCCAUUCCCGCACACCUUCCAAUGCAUCAAGCACAUCCCAUGAAGUUGCAAUGUUAACUGGGGCAGGGGAUACCAACAGUGAUUCUUACAUGUCUAAUGGUUCUCUUAACAAUGGUGCUGAUGAAGAUAUGCAGGAAGUUCCCCUGGACAGAAGUCUGGAGGAACCUGGCAGCAACAUGCCAAUGUCACCAGCUGAUCUCCAUGGGAUGUGGUACCCAACAGUUCGGCGGGCUCUAGUUACACUCUCCAAGCUGUACAGGUGUAUUGAUAAAACAACAUUCCAAGGUCUCUCACAGGAAACACUACAAGCCUGCAUUGUUUCUUUAAAGAAUGCUAAAGAAGGGAUAGUCAAGAGAAAGCAAAGCAAGCUUGAUGGUGAGCUGUUUCUAAUCAAACAUUUACUCAUCUUAAGAGAACAGAUUGCUCCAUUCCAAGCAGAUUUCUCAAUCCGAGAAACCCAUCUGGACUUCAGUAAAUUUAAAGAUCUGGCAGGGUUUAAAGAAGGGCAGCUUGGCUUUCACACGCUUGUAGAUGCUGCCUACUCCUUGUUCAAUAAAAAGUCCCAGCUGUUUUCACUCAACAGCAACAAUGCUCUGCUACAGUUUAUCCUUGAGGGCACACCACAAGUGACAGAGCUGUUUGUUGACUCUAAGAGAGAUGUGGAUCAACAGUUGAAAACCAGCUGUGAGGAUUUUAUACACCAUGUGACAGAAGUUUUUGUGGCACCCCUUCAGUCUUUCAUAUCCAGGGCUAACAUUGUGACAAGUUUAAAAAAAGAAGAAGUCAGCACCAAAGUGACCUUGAGACAGCAGCCUUUUGCCACACCCGAGAAAGUUCAUGACGUCGUUGCAGAGACUUACAAAAAUCUGAAGACAAAACUGCCAAUGGUACAGAGGAGCAUGUCACUGUACCUGGCCAACAGAGACACAGAGGCCAUACUCUUCAGGCCAAUCAAAGUGAACGUUCAACAAAGUUUUAUCAAAUUUCAAGAGCUGCUGAGCCAAGAAUAUACAGAGGAGGAUAUACAAAUUAUAGCUUGUCCCAGCUCAGAGCAGGUGAAUCUGUUAGUGUCUACAAGAAUGACUUCAACUCCAAAGAAACCUUAACUGUAAAAAAGAACUAUAUCUGAAUUCUCUCCCCCUUGACCAACUGCUGCCACGCCACAAAAUAAUGGACAUCACAACAUUUUGUGCAUUGAAAAAAAGUUCACUUAUUUUACUAUUUUAAAAGUAUGUUUAUUGGGUUAUUUUUACUUCUGAUUAAUUAAUAACAUGAAUUCAAUUGUUAAAACAUAAUUUAAAAAAAUAUGUAUUGAGUAAAUGAGAGUGAGUUGUUUAAGUCUAAAGUUGUUUUAUUAUUACAAUUUUCUCAUUUUAGAGAACUUAUUAUCACUUGUAAAUAAUAAAAUUAUUAUAAUUUGUAAAUACUUGGUCACUUGUAUCAAAUAGGGCUGUAUAUAUCUAUAUUUCUAUAGCUUAUAAAUUGGUUAACAUGUGUAUUUUGUAUUAUAAACUGGGUCAAAAUUUCUUCUGUAUAGUAACUUGGUCUCUGGCAUUGUAAUUGAUGAAGUGUCUUGUGAUAAUUUGACCCAAUAUGUGAUAGAGAUUGGUUGUAAUAUAAUACAUUUAUUUCUUUUUUGGAGCUGGGCUACUGAAUAUGGAAGAUUUUUUUCACAAUUUCUAUAGAAUAAAAUGUAAAUUUAAUCAUUGAUUAUUUAUUUUAUUCAAGUGACUUUCUAAAAAAAACUUAGCUUUUCAUUUUCAAGAUCAAAUAAGUUGCUUUUUAUUUUGUGACUAAAAUAGUAGUGGACCAAGGAAAAAAUAUUUUUGAUUUUUCUUAUUUCUCAUUAUUUGUAUGUGCACACAUUUGUGGUGAAACUUUUAAAAGUCUAACUUAAUAAUAUUUCAUUUAGUUUUUAACUAACGGUAUAGCAAACAAAUGUGCUUGGUAUAAAGAUUCCAGUCAAAGUUUAAAUUGUCUCAGAAUCUUAUUUUGGUCAGUUAACUGUAAAACAACCAUUGCAGUGAAUUUAGAAGCAUUAAAAAUGAAAUAAGACUAGUUGAGAAACUCAAAAUCAGCCAUAGGUACGAAGCGACUGAAACAGGUAGGAGCGUCAUGUGUAGUACAAACAGUAUAGUAAUCACAACCACUGUAUAUACUUUGUGGGUUAAAAAUAUAUUUUUGGUAGCCUGCUCCAAUAAUUAGGCAGAUGUGAAUAUAAUUGGUUGAUUAACAUGAAUAGUUUUUAAAAUAAAUUUACUUGCCAUAAAUCAUAUCAUAUUGUAAAAAUAUCUCUAUUUAUUCUUGUUUCAAUUUUUAAACUACCACACCAUUUGUUGUGGAAUCAAAGGUGUUUCUUUCGUGGAUAGGUUGUUUUCAUUAUUAUUACAUCUUUUAUACGUCUUGUUAAAAUGUGGUUUUGUAUAUGCAAAAAGCAGAAGUAUUAUAAACAGUUGCAAUCACACAACAAAAA